ACAAAAAUUUCAAUCCGGAUAGGGAGGUCUUGAUUGGUUUAUAUGAAACAUUUGAAAAAAUGGUUUUGGAUGUUAGCACAAGAGUUACAAUUGAUCAACAACUUGAAAAGUUCAAGGGAGCUAAGGGGCUUUUUGGAAUGCACAUGGCAAUAGCUACUAGAAACAAGAAACAACCUGCUCUUUGGUGGGAGAGUUAUGGAGGAGAAGGUAAAGAGCUACAAAAGAUAGCCAUGAAAAUUUUGAGUCUCACAUGUAGUGCAACAGGGUGUGAAAGGAAUUGGAGCACCUUUGACCAAGUUCAUACUAAGAGAAGAAAUAGAUUGGAACAGCAAAGACUAAAUGCUCUUGUCUAUGUCAAGUACAAUCUCCAACUUGAGUUGAGACAAAAGAGUAGAGAAGAGAAGGGGGAAACUUAUGAUCCCAUAUGUUUGUCAGAUAUUGAAUCAGAUGAUGAAUGGAUUACAGAAAAAGAAAAUCCUUGUUUGCCUAUUGAUUCGUCAUGGAUGGAUAUACAUGAGUGCUUUGAUGAUGAAGAGGGAGCUCCAAAUAAAAAAAGGAAGAGAGGUAAUUAUUUCUAUUCACAAGUUGAAAUUUGAAUGUCAACAAACUAGAACUAAACUUUAUUUCUUUUUCUUUUGCUAAUAUAGGACCAAGAAACUUAAAUGCCAAGACCAAUAAAAAAGGAAAAUCCGUAGUAGGAGAUGAGGAGGAAUUUGAAGACAUUAAUGAAGGAGAAGAACUUUCACUAGAAGAUGAAGAUGACUUAAGUGAUGUAGAUCUUGGAAAUGAUGAUGAUGAAAUAUGAAUGAUUUAGACUAGAAUGUUUUUUUGAGGUUCUUUAGGAUCCAAGCAACAACAACACUUAUUUUUUGGAUGGCUAUAAUGCAACACUUGUUUAGUAGCAUAUAGCCAUAGUUAAAGAAAUCUUAGGCAGCAACCACAAUGUUUUUUGAAGGCUGUGUUGCUGAAAUUGUGAAUCUAUGUGGUAUAUAUACAUUGGUGAAAUUGACUAUGACGUUGUUUUGUUAUUAAUUGUCUCUUUGCAUAUUUAUAUAUCUUAUAUAUUUAAGUAUAUGUUACAUUUUUUUAAUGUUUAUGAAUCGUACGAUUCACGAUACGAUACGAUUCACGAUUCAAAAUUUAAGCUCUCCGAUACACGAUACGAUUCACGAUUCAACUACCAUGGUAUGUAUGCGUGCACACAAUGGAAAGAUAUAAAAAGACCACACCUAGGACUCCAGGUUAGAGAUAGGUACACCAAAAAACAGCAUUUUAGCGCUCCCAGAGUUGAUCAGAGGAUAAGUUAACCUAUUAUAACAAAAAGCAUAUGUGAGGAUUUAGUAUUUACA